AUGGAAACUGGAACUUACUCUUCAGAGUUGGAUGUUGAUAAGAAACGACUCCCGCGUUUGGUUGAUAAACAUUCAAAGAAUUUCUUCAAGGAAAAGAUCAAGAUUCUCUGUCAGCAUUAUACGCACUUCAGAAGAACUCGUGGAGAUGGCAGCUGUUUCUACAGGGCAUUCUUAUUCUCCUACUUGGAAAACCUUGGAUCAAUGCAAGGUAGUCAAGCUGAAGUUACUCGUCUAAUGGAACAUGUGGCUAUGUCCAGAGAGAAUUUCUGUCGUCUGAAAUGGGAUAAAGCGUACUUCUUAAAUCCUGAAGAAUACUUUUCAAGUGUUGUUUCUGAGUUCAGUUAUUUGGUCAACUCAGUUGCGAAUGGUCUGAGUUCUGUUGAGCUGUACAAUAGAAGUAUACAGGAGAUUGUGCCACUCAGGAUUAUUUCUUUGCUAAGAUUGCUGGCAGAGACUGAGAUCCGAUCACAAGAAGACGAUUACAAAUCACUUCUCCCGAAAAAAACGGAUGCCAUUACGUAUUGCUGCAAGGAGCUGCGUCCUCUGGAUGUUGAAGCCAAGGAGCUGCCAAUGAGGGCUCUAACAUAUGCGCUUGGCAUUCCGUUGCGUGUCGAAACUGUGGGCGAAGGUUUGGAUCGUGGAAUUGAAGUGAAGCGCCUUGAUUUAUUACCCCGAUCAGAAUCGGGGAAGGGUCCUCUUCAUUUGGUUGAAAGCUACUGGUCAUCCGUCACAACCCCUGAACCACAGGAGAUCGGAAGUGGCAACUUGUUAUCAUCUGAUGGCACACCUUUGCUGACAUUGUUGUGUAGGCCUAGGCACUGUGACAUUCUUUAUCGCAAUUGAACAAAACUAAGUGUAGAGGAAAUAUCACUUCCUGUAGCCUACCUGGCAAGAAAAAUCCUGGAUGAUGGUGUAGAAAUCUACUGAUACUAUGGGCUUUCUUUUAUUGGCAUCUGCUCUCAAAGUAGUUGUGAUUAAUCUUUGAGCAGAAGCCAAAAGCUGCUUCAUUGGCCUGUUACAUGUUUAGGGCUGUAGCUUUAACUAGGCACAAAAAACGAGGAAAUAUACUUUCUUGCACUGGGAAUACAUGGUGUGUUUUU